UAAGUCCACCAUAAGGACAUCACCACCCUCAUCAUCUAGACCCCCUCCUCUCCAAUCCGCCGCUCGUUCCGUGGACCCUUACGAUGGACCCGACCGGGCACCCUCCGCCCAACCCCCGCUUCGGCUCGAUUCCCCCCAACCCUCGCGGUGCCGCCGCCGGCCACCGGCGAGCCUACUCCGAGACCUUUCUUCCCCUCCCCGACGACCUUCUAUUCGACACUGACCCCGACUUCGGCAUCUCCGACAUCGACUUCCCCUGCCUCUCAGAUGACAGCCUCUCCGCAGGUGGCGGCCUUCCGCCAGUCGACCCAGGGAGGUCGGAUCCGCCGGCGGUCGACCAGGGGAGGGGGGGAAGGCCCACGCCCACAGCGGGUACUCACCUCAGGAGCCUCUCUGUCGAUGCCGCGUUCUUCGAGGGGCUGGCGUUCCAGGGGGCGCCUCCUAGCAGUGGCGGAGGUGGCGGUGGCGGCGGGGUGCAGGACAGGAGAGGCCUCCACCGGCGUAGUGGAUCGAUGGACGGGGCUACAUCGCUGUUCGAGAGGGAGUCGUCGCCGGCGUCGUCGGAUCCCGCGAAGAAAGCGGUGGCGGCAGAAAAGCUCGCUGAUCUGGCCCUGAUCGACCCCAAAAGAGCGAAAAGGAUCCUUGCAAAUAGGCAAUCCGCUGCCAGGUCAAAGGAGAGGAAGAUUCGGUACACUAGCGAACUUGAGCGGAAGGUUCAGACACUUCAGACAGAGGCAACCACUCUCUCAGCACAGCUUACUCUUUUGCAGAGAGACACUACUGGUUUGACAGCAGAGAACAGAGAGCUCAAGUUGCGAUUGCAGUCUAUGGAGCAACAGGCUCAUCUUCGUGAUGCUCUGAAUGAGGCUCUGAGGGAAGAAGUGCAGCGGCUUAAGAUAGCAACUGGGCAACUUCCAAACAUCAAUGGAAAUCGCUUCAAUUGGGGACCUCAGCAGAGUGUGCCGCCCUAUCACCAGAGUGGACAUCAGGCUCAGCAUCGUCCAUCUCCAUCUCAGAGUUCGCCAAAUGGCCAGUCAAUGAGUAGUUCAUCUCUCAAUGAUCCAAUGGACUUCAUGUAAGGACGUAAUUGAUCACCAGCUACAGUUUCUGCUAUCUCUGGAAGCGUAGUUCGUGUAUAUUAGUGCAGGUCUUUUAGGGAAUUGUUGUUCUUUGUAUGUUAAUUAUAAUAAUAUUUGUAUCCAACAUCCUUGACUGGAAGUAUACUUUAAAAAAUUGAAGACUGAUAUUUCCGUGCUUAUUGUAACUCUGUACAGAGGUUGAUACAGAGACGAUACCUAUCUUCUUAAGAUGAAGGGUGGGUACGAGGAAUAUCGUCUUACUUCCAUUAGGGAACAGCAAGUAUUUUUCUUAUUCUUUUUCUUCUAUCAAACACAUCUUGUGCGGCUUGAUUUGUUGAUUUUGAAUGUCAUAUGUUCCUCCCCAAGGCCCU